AUGGAGGAGAAGAGGAAAAUGGAGAAGAUGAUGAUGGAUGACACGUCAUCGAUGUAUUCCAUGUAUUCGGGCAUGCCAAACAGCGGGUUGUUGGACCGGGACUCGGCCGGUUUUGAGGAACACCGGGAAAUGAGCUCCUUAGGGUUUUUGGAGAUGUCCGGUUUUGAGGAUCUAAUGCUUGGUGAUAUGGACAGGGACCAUUUGAUGGUGGCGCUUGAGUCACAGCAGCUGCCGGUGGAAUAUUCGGAGGCGGCGGUCCACACGCCCAAUAAUUCUUGCUCAAUAUCGUCGUCCUCGGCUGAGCUGGCGGCUGCGAAUGGCCGCCAUCGGAAAAGGGUCGGUGGUGCCGACGAAGAAGAUGAAGAAGAAGAAGAAGAAGAAAAUCAAGAAAAGACUGAGAAAGAGGUAUUGAAGCCGAAAAAGAAGAAGCAAAAGAGGGAAAAAGAGCCAAGAUUUGCUUUCAUGACAAAGAGUGAUGUCGAUCACUUGGACGACGGCUAUCGAUGGCGAAAGUACGGCCAAAAGGCCGUCAAAAACAGCCCCUUUCCGAGGAGCUACUAUCGGUGCACUAGCACACAAUGUGGAGUGAAAAAGAGGGUGGAAAGAUCCUGUGAGGACCCGUCCAUCGUAGUCACCACCUACGAGGGCACGCACACACACACCUAUCCCAUCACGCCGCGUGGGGGCUUCCCGGGAUUCUCUGCCUGUGACUCGUCGUCCCGUCUCGCGAUGCCGCCACAAAUGCUUCAGUAUCGACUCAAAACACAACAACACUAUUUGCCGAGCUUGAACAUUAGUAAUAAAUCGUUUUCUUCUCCUCCUCCUCAGUCGGUUGGAGAAAGACGGAUUUGCCCCUCGGCGUGCCCUUCUCAGAUGAGAGACCAAGGCCUUCUUCAGGACAUGCUGCCGUCCGAGAUGUUGACGGAGCCCAAGGAGGAGUAG